AUGAUCCCGCAGCCCGAAGGACGAGCACUGAUCGAAGCUAUGAGCGGCAGCAGCGACCCCACGCAAGGCGCUCUGGUGCCCAUGAACUGCAACAAGAAGUCGGGCAUCGGGAGCAGCAACCAGCAGUGCCACGCCGCGGCUAAGGCCGACCGAGACAUCGUCGACGGUCUUACUCUGGUGAGGGGGCAGGGCACGGGCGGGUUCGUCCACCUGCCUGGUGGAGAAAAGUUCGAGUACUUGCUCGCCGGGUUCGGCGUGAAGGUUCCUCUGGGAGAACUCGAGAUGGGUGCCCCCCUGAACCCCUCCGGUGCAUGUGCACCGAUGCCCAAGGAGGCAGCCACUGCAGCUGCCGGCAAGGCCAUCGUCGCCACGCGCGGCGCGUGCAGCUUCCUCGAGAAGGCCGAAGCAAUGGGAGCCGGCCCAGGCGAGCGAGUCGGCGCGCUCAUCGUGAAAAACAGCGAGACUGCCCUCUUUCACAUGGGGGCCGCCCCGAGGUGGCGCGGGGCGAACAUCUCCCUGCCGAUCGUGCUCGUUACGGAUGUCGCGGGCCACGCGAUCUCCACCUUACCCCCGGACUCAACCAUACGCUUCGCCCCUUCCGAGCACGUCACGUUGGCCGCUUGGGACGAAAUCGAGCGGCUGAACGAGGCGUCCGCCUGGCCCAAAGAAACUCAGGAACGCCAGACUCUGUACGAAACCCUCGUGGCCCGUAAUGCAGGGUUUCCCGAUCGGGUCUCCGCGAUCCAGGGGGCAUUCUCGAGGGUGUGUAGUUGGGACGAGGAGGAGGAAGGUAUUGCUGGGCAGGGGGUAGGUGAUGCUGAGAGGCGAGAGACUGGUGAUGCUGACACAACAAGCGUCAAGCUUUGAGAGAGCUGCUCGAGGUGGGGGGUAGUGUGAUGCUUCUUUCUUUCAUUGUGCCUGCCAUGGUUCGGCAAAU